UCCAGUACUGAAUCACUAUGGCACUAAAAAUUACUUCCAAUCUCUUUUCUUCCACCCUUCUGAUUAUUACUUUUUCCUUUUUAAUCUCACUUAUCACUAAUCUCAUCUACUCUUCACUACGUGUAGAUGGGGCCAAAACUUGUACGAUUGGCCGUGGAUUUAGCAUCGACUUAAUCCACCCUUCGUCAAAGUUGUCACCACUAGUCAACCACGUAGCCUCAGCAGACUUGAUCCCUGAUGCUUUUGGUGGUAGUUACCUUCUGAAUUUUUCAGUGGGAACACCUCCGCAAUUUCAGCUUGCAGUUGCUGAUACUGGUAGUGGCUUCAUAUGGAUACAAUGCCAGCCAUGUCAGUGCUACAACCAGAAAUUUCCCAUCUAUGCACCCACAAAUUCUUCUACUUAUGAGGAACAACCUUGCCACUCGCCAAAAUGCUCUGAGUUUGCACAUUGCGAGGGAGGUAUCUGCACCUACUAUGUCGAUUACGUUGAUAAGAGUUCUUCGUCCGGUGAAGUGGCUACAGAAACUCUCUCUCUCUACUCAUCGUCUGGUGAAAAAAUCUCCUUUCCCAAUAUCCUUUUCGGAUGUGGACGUAACUCAAGAUCAACUUCAAGGGACCCAGGGUUAUCCGGCAUUGUGGGGCUCGGUUUUUCUUCCUUCUCUUUAGUUUCCCAAAUUGCGUCGACUUUUGACCAAAGGUUCUCCUUCUGCUUUGUGCCUUUGGCAAAGUUAGAUGUCCCAAGCAAGCUUAGCUUUGGUGACAAGGUUGACGUUUCGGGACCUGGGACGCAUGUCACUCCGCUUCUUGUUAAACCCUCCCGACCAUCUUAUUACUUGACCCUCAUAGGCCUUAGUAUUGGGAAUAUUAGAUUGGAGCUUCUUAACAAUUCCUCUACCACAUUUCAAGUAGGGAACAUAAUCAUAGAUUCAGGAACCACCUUCACUUUCCUUCCUACGUGGUUAUACAACCAGCUUAUUUUAGUGGUGAGACAAGCUAUCCAUGUAGAACCAGUGGUGGACGGGGGCAGCAGCUCAACUGUACUCUGUUACAGAGCUUUGAAUUCCACUGACGUUCCUCCAAUCACAAUGCAUCUUCUGGGUGCUGAUCUACCUUUAUCCGUCGAGAACAUAAUGCAUCCAGAUCCUCAAGGAUAUCAGUGCCUAGCAUUUCGUCCAACUGAAAACGAGGCUUUCUUCGGCAGUGUGACCCAAACCAACUUCUUAGUCGCCUAUGAUUUAGAAAAUAUGAGUGUCUCGUUCAAGGCCACUGACUGCACCAACAUGGCCUGAGACUUGUGUCCGUAUUUUGACGGAGUACAAUAAACUACUUUGUGAUAAUGUCAACUUCUUAUCUAUC